GUUCACGUGGCUGAGGACCACACAACGCAGCGCUGGCGAAGGCUCGCACAAUAUAUCUAGACGCCGAUUUCAUCGACAACCUCGCAGCCAUGGACCUUGAAGUGGAAUCAGCAGACGUGAUUCGUCUGAUCAUGCAAUACCUGAAGGAAAAUAAUUUGCAUCGCACUCUGGCGAUGCUUCAAGAGGAGACAGCAGUCUCGCUCCACACAGUCGACAGCAUCGAAAGCUUCAACAAUGAUAUCAACAACGGGCAAUGGGAUAUAGUGCUGCUAGCAAUCCAGUAUCUGAAACUUCCUGACAAGCUGCUCAUUGACCUGUACGAACAGAUUGUGCUGGAGUUGGUUGAGUUGGGUGAGCUGGGAGCUGCUCAAUGUUUACUAAAGCAAACCGACCCCAUGAUCAUGCUGAAGCACACUCAACCUGAGCGCUACUCACACCUGGAGACCCUUCUCACAAAUCCAUUUUUUGACUCACAAGAAGCAUAUCCAGUGGGCAGCAGUAAAGAGAAGCGCAGGCUGGCUAUCGCUCAAGCUUUUGCAGGAGAGGUCUGUUUGGUGCCACCUUCUCGUCUCAUGGCUCUUCUGGGCCAGGGCCGUAUAUGUGAGGGGGCUUUAUACAGGUUACAGGAAACCAAAGCACUAAGGCAGUUUGGCUCAUUAGCAAUGCUGUCAUUGAAGUGGCAGCAGCACCAGGAUCUCUUACCUCCAGGUAUGUCUUUGGAACUGUUCCGGGGCAAAGGUGCAUUGAAGGACAUGGAGGAAGAGCGCUUCCCUACUCAGCUCAGUCGCCUCAUAAAGUUUGGGCCAAAGUCCCACGUAGAGUGUGUGCGAUUCUCUCCUGAUGGACAGUACUUGAUUACUGGUUCUGUUGAUGGUUUCAUUGAAGUCUGGAACUUCACCACUGGUAAAAUUCGGAAGGAUCUGAAGUACCAAGCUCAGGAUAAUUUCAUGAUGAUGGAUGAGGCUGUUCUGUGUCUGGCAGUAAGUCACGACUCUGACAUGAUCGCCACUGGAGCUCAGGAUGGAAAGAUACAGGUUUGGAGGAUUCUGAACGGGACGUGUCUGAAUAGAAUAGAACGAGCCCACAGCAAAGCAGUCACCUGUGUCUGCUUCAACAAGGACAGCAGUCAACUAUUAAGUGCCUCCUUUGACCAGAUCAUCAGGCUUCAUGGUUUGAAAUCAGGAAAGAUGCUGAAGGAGUUUAGAGGCCAUACAGCUCAUAUAAAUGACGUCAUCUUCUCACACGGUGGCCAGCAUGUCAUCAGCGCGUCAGCAGAUGGCACAGUAAAGGUCUGGAGCAUGAAGACAAUGGAUUGCACCCACACAAUAAAAACCCCUGACAUUCCUGAGGGUACAGACAUCACUGUUAACAACAUUGUGCUUGUCCCAAAGACUCCCGAGCACUUUGUAGUGUGCAACAGGACCAACACGGUUGUUGUUACAAACAUUCAUGGCCAGGUGAUGAGGAGUUUCUGUUCAGGUGUAAGAGAGGGGGCUGACUUUGUUUGCUGCACGUUGUCUCCACGUGGAGAGUGGAUUUAUUGUGUGGGAGAAGACUAUGUGCUGUACUGCUUCAGCACCAUCACUGGCAAGCUAGAGAGAACACUCACGGUACAUGAAAAAGAUGUGAUCGGCAUAACUCACCACCCCCAUCAGAAUCUCAUCGCCACAUACAGCGAGGAUGGCCUACUCAAACUCUGGAAGCCUUGAGUCUCGUCUUUCAUAAUAUGGACUUGUGUUCUAUGUUCUGGAUUUGUGGUAUUCCUGCACACACACAUAUGUCUCUGCCUUUAUACGCCUGCUAUGACAUUGGUCUUCCAUUUAAAGCGCUCAAAAACAUUCAUGUUUCUGUUGAACCUUAGCAUCAUGCACUGAGAUGAAGGACCUCUUCGACAUCUGAAAUUAACUACAUCCAAUUUCGUAAUUUCGAGAUGUUCCUCUAAAGCCUCUAAUGGAAAACAAGAAAAACUGCAUGGAUGCACUGGUCUUUUACUAUUAAGGGCUUUGUAGUAUUGUCUGUGAUAAUAUCUGCAUGCAAGAUUUAGCCCGGUCGACAUUAAUGUGGUAAAUGUACUGGUUUUCUUUCCAGACUAUUCUUUGAAUCUUACAUGUGAAUGUAUGCAAUUUCUUUGAUCAUUUUGACCAAAGACAAAUAAUUAGUGUGUACUUGCUCAUAAUGUGACCUCGCACUAGUCGUGGACUCAUUGAGGACAUUUUCACAUAUUUGUACUUGUGUACAUUUAGAAUUCUGAUGUUUAGAAUUCAUAUGGUACAAUAUUGUGUUGAUUAUAAUGGUUUAGUGUGUUUUAACACUCAACCAAGCACAUCUACUUGUACUGCAUGCAGGUGAACAUAUUAUGCAGUUACUGCAAUACUGUAUGAAGUAAUCAGUAUGGUUUAUAUUCUGAUAAUUACAGAUUAUUUUCUAUCGAGGAUAUUCACAAUUUUUGUUGAAUAUUGGUAUAACACUGCUUCACAGUGUAAGUCUCUGAGUAUCUUACAGUGUUGGUAAAUAAUGUGCUGAUAUUGCUGCAGUUUAAUUAAAAUUCAAGCAUGAAUAAUUCAUGACAAUCUUUUCAAGAAGAUUUGUCAUUAAGAUGCAUCAUUAACUGGUUAGAUGUUGGAUUGCUUGAUAUUUGCAGUAGAUCUCCAAUAAAUCUGUAGAGACAUCUUGAUAUUGGCAUAAUUAGCCAAAUAUUCAAUCCCCCAGACCCCAAAAAUACAAAACUGACUAAACAA